GGGAGGAGGGCUGAAGAGGUUGCCAAGGAAGGAAAGGGAAGGGAAGAAGCUGCGAGUGAGCUCUCCAUGGGUUUCUACAGACUUCAGCUAUUUGGGCGCCUGCAAUUGUAAUGAAUUCUGUCGACUGAAGAGCACCCAAAUCACCCCGUUUGGUCCCAGCCCUUCCACAGCACCCUUCUUCAGCACAACAAAGAUGAAGGUGCUGCUAGCCAAGGUGCUCUGCCUGCUAGGGGUGUUUGUGCUCAUGCUGGGAGGCUCCCUCUUGCCAGUGAAGCUCAUCGAGGCCGACUAUGAGAAGGCCCAUCGCUCCAGGAGGGCCCUGGCCCUUUGCAAUUCCUUUGGAGGGGGUGUCUUCCUGGCUACCUGUUUUAAUGCACUGCUUCCUGCCGUGAGAGAGAAGCUCAAAGGAGUCCUGGCAGGUGGGAGCGUGACUACGGACUACCCUCUGGCUGAAACCAUCAUGCUGAUGGGCUUCUUCCUGACAGUCUUUUUGGAGCAGCUGAUCCUGACUUUUCGGAAGGAAAAACCAUCCUUCAUCGACCUGGAGACCUUCAACGCUGGGUCGGACGUUGGCAGCGACUCCGAGUAUGAGAGCCCCUUCAUCGAGACUUCCUGGGGGCGGAACCACCCCGGUGAGCAUGGCCACCACUCCCACAGCCACGGCUUGAACGUCCAGGAGCUGUCCAGAUCCAGCCCCCUUCGCCUCUUCAGCCUGGUCUUUGCCUUGUCGGCCCACUCCAUUUUCGAGGGCCUGGCUCUGGGCCUGCAGGAGGAAGGCGACAAGGUGAUCAGCCUUUUUCUGGGCGUGGCCAUCCAUGAGACGCUCGUGGCGGUGGCCCUGGGCAUCAACAUGGCCAAGGCCUCCCUGGCAAUGAACGAUGCGGCCAAACUGGCCAUCGUCGUCAGCUUGAUGAUCCCAGUGGGCAUUGGAAUCGGCAUGGGCAUUGAAAGCGCCCAGAACGUGGCCAGCAACGUGGCAUCGGUGGUUUUGCAGGGCAUUGCGGCAGGCACCUUCCUCUUCGUCACUUUCUUUGAGAUCCUGGGCAAGGAACUCGAAGACAAGAGCGACCGUCUGCUCAAAGUCCUCUUCCUGGUCCUGGGGUACACGGUCUUAGCGGGACUUGUCUUUUUCAAGUGGUGAGGAGCGGUCUGCUGGCCCCCUCCUCGCAAGCAGGGUGAAAAAUGGGACCCUGUUCCAGAAUACACAGAAGCAUCAAUCCAGAUGGAACAGGAGACUGUGGAGGAACCGUUGCAUACCAGGCCCGUGUGGUUUACAUGCGGUGCCUCCUUCUGUUGGGCCUGGUGCCAUUGGGACACUGGCCAAGAUGAUUGGAAGCAAUGUUUCUACAGCCACCUCUAAUGCCCUCAGGGAGACAUACUGAUUACAUCUCUUCCUUUCAUUCACACCAGAGAAUACCUGAAAAAAAACGAAGCCACCAGGCAGCGCUGAUGUAUCUUGGAGUAACACGCCAGUUCCACAAUCCUCUUUCACUUUGCCGAUGGCCAAAGGAAUCUGCCGUUCUGCAGUUAAAGACAAGCAACUUCUUAAAUUUUUGCUCAGGACCAGUGAGCACAAGGCUGUUCCCCUCUUUUUCUGGCUGAACUUUUUUCUCUUAGGCAACAACCCAGUUCUAGCUUUUUGAAAUCUGACAAAAACAGCACGGGGCAGUUUGAAAACCCUCUCCCUGCACAUACCCACUUUGAUGUAGGUUGCACUUAGACAAGGAUUUUAGGAACUCUGCCCCCUGCCCCCCCCCACAACCCUUGCUGUGCCAAACUGACCCUGCAUCUCACAGCCCUCAAAGCUGUCACAGUUCUCAGCCCUACAACAUUUUGCUGGUGUGGCCAGAUGUUGCUAAAGUGUGUUCUAGGCUGGGGCCCAGUCCAUGAAGGGUGCAAAAAUGGCUUGUUGGCUGGGGGAGGUUUUCCUUCCCAAAAGUCAUUGAAUGUCCACUUGCUUAUGCUGAAAAAGAUCUGAAAGUUUGCUUUUUGUAGUGUCCACUGAGGCUUUUGCUGCUGCAUCUUGAGGCUGGGCUGUGUGUUUGCCUUGGGACAAAGCUGAGCCUCCCCCCCCCCAGCAGAAUUCACAGCGUCCUCUCGAGAUGACUUUGCUCCGAAGUUUGCAUACCAAGAUCUCAUGUGCAAAACUCUCCUAGAACAUCAUUCUGAUUUGCUCCCAGUUUGGAACUUCCUGGUUUGGGCCUGGAUGUAUAAGAAAGAGAGGGUGGGGGGACAGCAAGCUGUUGAAGAUUGCAGCGUUAGUGUCUUGGUUUUGCGGGGGUCAACGUCACCUGAAGACUUUCCAGGAUUCUGCUUCCUUUUUAAUUCAGCACAUCUGUGGGGGGUGGGUGGUGGGUGGUGGGUGGGGACGACCUGUUUUCCUUGAAAAUCCAUUGCAAGCCAGCAGAGAGGAGAACAGCUAUCUGCAGUGUUCUCUCUUCUGUUCCUUGCUGAUGCAGGCCUCGGGGGAGAGCCAUAUGGGAGCAGGGCCAAAGUGUGACUCCCACAGCAUCUGCGCCAUCUCACCGUGACGGGUUCUAGCUCUGGGAAAGUGCUGUGGAAGCCCCAGAUAGCACAUGCUUUCCUUGAAGGAAAAAAACAAAACAGAAGUGGGAGGUGUGCGUGCGUCUGUGGGUGUAGCUUGGCUCUGAAAACAGCCGAGAGAUUGGAACAGAAAUAAGCAAAGAGCACUGCCUGUUAGUCCCAAAUGUUGGGAAUCUGCCGGCCCUUCCUCCUCCUUUCGGCUUUUUUAAAAUGAUAACUGCCAAAGUAGUCAGCGAUGCGUAAUUGGAAGGAUGAGCCCUUCUGUUGUCCAUCCAGUGAGCAGUCAAGUGAUGCAAGCUGCAAAGUUCAACCAGGCUCUUCCUCCCCUCAGCCUUUGCCCCAGGACAGAGGGAAAAGCUAAUUUACAAGUAAUCUCCAAUGUUCUUAGUGGUUCUCAUACAUCUCUAAACAACAGCCAACACUUCCUGUUUGACUUCUUCACAUUUUAAGCCUAUUCCACGGCUAGUGAUCCAGGGAUGACACUUAGCUGAUUCUGCGUCUCUCCAGAGUCUUUUAUAUAUAGUUUCUCAGCUAGCCUGUUAAUACGGGCAUUAGCGAGCUUCUGUCUUUUCCUCCAAAGAAAAUCUCUGUUCCUUCCAAAUUUUUUUCUGACUCAAAUCCUAGCUGCUGCAAGGAAAUCUCCUGUCAAUUUCCGAUGUUUUCUUCCUUCACAACAUCUGUAGAAUUAUCCUAACCUGGCAAAAUGAGCAUCUUUAUAUGGACCUAUAAAUAAUCUAAAUGAAGGCAUAUUUGGAACCCAGGAUUGAAAGAAGCUCUUGGGCAGAGUUUUAGAUGCCACAAAGGGGUUUCCUGCUCCAUGUUAAUCUUGUAGUGCUAAGGCAGGAGUUGGGUGAAGAUAGCACGGAACAAUCCACGAGUGUGUUUAACAUUUCUUCUGAACAUUGACUCCCUCCUCUGCGUGCACACAACAUCAUUUGUCUCACAGUUGGUUGAGCAGGGUGGGGGGAAUCAAGGAAUGAGGAAAGAGUUUAGCCAGCAGUCGCCCAAAAGUAUCUAACCCUGGAUUGGUGAUUGACAGGCAUGUUUUCUGGCUUAAGGUGCAGUUCUGUUCUUAGUCUUUGCCUAUAUCUAAUUAGGCUUGGCUGCUAAUUAGACUUAAUUUCAGUAGGGUGUGGCCCUUCUCCCAGAGCUGCAAGGCUCUAAGGACUGUACAACGCCUGACCUCUGUCAGAGGCCUCCUUGUGCCUGAUGAAGAGUUUGGUGUAACUUGGAAGCUUGCAUCAUCUUUCAGUUCCCAUUUGGUCUCAUGCGUGCUGAUCUUGCUGUGACUAACACAGCAUGUGCCAUCUUGGCCUCUAAGCCAACACAACCUGGGACUAGCACUCGCUCUUAAAACAGCCUCAGUAGCCGCUCCCACAGUCUACAUUGUUUUCUGUCCCCUUUGUACCCGCAAAAACAAACCACAGUGUCAGCCUGGUCGCUGGGUGCCUUUGGGAGGAAGUGUGUGGAAGUCUGUUGCAUCAGGCAGAUUUCUGGGAAAUGUUCUCUGUGCAUAGAGCUUAUGGAUCAUCUUGGAGUCAGACCUGGAUCUUUGAGUUUUGGUUUUUAAAUUAAAACCAACAUCUUUCCUAUGUCUUUAAGUUUAGCAUGGGGAACCUGUGUGUGCGUGUGCAUAACUGUAUGUUAUUUAUUACAUUCCUGGAUUGGGGUGGACAUUUUUUUGACACCGUAGUUCCAAAGGAUCUAUGGUAUCUCCAUUGUACUAGAAGCUGGCUAGCAUUUUGGUCAGCAGUAUUUAAAUAAAGCACUUUUUAAAAAAUAAAUAAAUAAAUCCCCUUUCUUGGCAGCCUGUUUGAGAAAAGCUGCAAGUGAAAUCUGCCUGUAUUUCAGACCCAGGGCUGUCAGUGAGAAUACUAAACAGAGCUUUUAGUCACGAACUUGGCAGAACUGGAGCAAGUGUGUAUCCUGAGCCGCUAGCAGAGCCGGCGGACCUUCCAAAGGGAGAGGUUUCCGGUGAAAUUCUUGCAAGGCCAAAUCUACUUCGUUGCAAGUUGCAAAGUAGUUCUUGGAAGGACUAAGAAAGCCGCUCUUGAAAUCCUCUCUUAAAGGAACGCCAGGCAACACGGAGUCCAGAAGACAUCAAAAGAAUGCCUCCGGACCACCAAGAAGGCAGACUGGCAACGUACCCUCCAUAGAGGCUGAGAGAUCUGUGCUUUAGAAAUUUGCUCCUCUGAAACAGAACAAAGAAUUACAGCAAAUGUCUAAGUAAUCUGAGGCCAGAGGUGGUGUGAUGGCACUAACACAAGGCUUGUAUCUGGAGGGCGGGGAGACCAAGGAACAAGAAGCUUCGCUACAGAAUUAUUGUUUGGUCUUGUACUUCCCUUGGCCCCAGUGGUUUCCAUCUGUGAAACAGGAAUAAACACGCCCAAGUGGAAGGAGGAUCACAACGUGGACUUCGCAACACUCGGGGAAAAAACUGUGUCUGUGGUCUGAAGAACUGUGUUUGUGUCCGUCUGAUGGCCUCUUCUGCUCCCAUUUUAAGCCCAGGACAAAGUGCAGCUUAGCCUCUUUCAUCAGGCCCAGCACCAUUCUCCCUCGCCUCACUUUUGCUUUUCCAGCCUGAAGAUUUCAGUGCAACUCAAAAGAUUGUUUGCACCUUUGAGACUUUUUAAGUUGGCCCUGAUAAAGAGAUUCAACCACAA